AUGGGCAGCAUGCUCGAGAGCAUUUUUUUUGUGAUCACAACUCUCUUCUCUCUCCUAUUUCUCAUCCUUGCUGUCUCAAUUGAAAGCUGGCCUUGUGGUGGAGUUUUUGCCAAUUCCUGUCAAGUUAAUCUCAAAAACUAUCCCAUUUUGCCCAUCGGUGUCUUAAUAUGCAUCUCCAUUAUUCUCUACGCAAUUGCUGCCUGUAUGGAUCUCGCACAGAUAUAUCUACACCAGCUCAACGAUCGCGUGCGCCAUAUUGUUGCCUAUGUUGCACUUGGAACAAGUGUCGUAUCAUCCCUAUUCGUAGUGAGUGCUAUGUUGGCCUUCUUCAAUCUCUACAUGGGCUCGUGGAGUAUUAUGCUGAGUGUUGUGGGAAUGACCCUGGGCUGUUCGAUAACCUUCCAGUUGGGAAUGCGAAUUCUAUUUGACUUGCUGGGUAAAAAUGUGGACUCCCACUAA